UCUCGGUUUGGUUUCUUGUGUUUUUAAGGGGAAGAAUACAAAUCUCUCCUUCUCUCUUUUCUCCCAUCUCUCUAAACCCGUGAAUCCUCAUCUCCUUCUCUGCGGCGUUCCAUAAUCACCAGAAUAAUUCUCUCUAAUGGCCAUUCACUAGCCAAGCAAAUGUUGUCUCUCCUUUACACAAUCUCACGCAUUGUAUCAAUUUCUUUCUUUCUUCACUUCUUGCUCUGUUUUUUGGUAUUAGCCACCUCCACUACUGAAUUCGACUUUGGUACUUUAACUCUAAGCAGCCUCAAGCUCCUCGGCGACGCCCACUUAAACAAUGGGAGUGUUCGUCUCACUCGUGACCUCGCCGUUCCCACCUCCGGCGCUGGCAAAGUUCUUUAUUCUAAGCCAGUUAGAUUUCGGCAACCGGGUACUCACUCUAUUACGAGUUUCACCACUUUUUUCUCAUUUUCUGUUGCCAAUCUAAACCCGUCGUCUAUUGGUGGCGGGCUUGCAUUUGUCAUCUCGCCGGACUCUGACACUAUUGGUGCUGCCGGCGGGUGUCUCGGACUCCUUAACUCUGAUGGUUCUAGCUCGGGCUUCGUGGCGGUCGAAUUUGAUACUCUCAUGGACGUGGAGUUCAAAGACAUUAAUGGUAACCAUGUGGGUUUGGAUCUAAACAGUAUGGUUUCUUCGCAGGCUGGUGAUUUAGGAGCUAUAAAUAUCGAUCUUAAGAGUGGUGAUCUUGUUAAUGCGUGGAUCGAGUACGAUGGGGCAAAUCGUGGCCUCAAAGUCUCCGUUUCAUACUCCAACCUUAAACCCAAAGAGCCGAUUCUAUUGCUUACUAUUGAUCUAGAUCAGUACGUGAAUGAUUUUAUGUACGUUGGGUUCUCUGGGUCGACGCAAGGGAGCACAGAGGUCCAUAGUAUUGAGUGGUGGAGCUUUAGUUCUUCCUUUGACUCAAUCUCAGGUUCUGGGUCAUUAUCUCCGCCGCCUUCAACGACUAGUUUGAUGAACCCAACGGCUAAUUCUGUGAAGUCACCGCCGCCAUCAUUGGCUCCUACUGGUUCUGAUUCGAUUACUAGUCAGGAAAAGAACAGCAAGUCUUCUUCGUGUCAUAAUCAGCUCUGUAAGCAGGGACCAGGGGCGGUUGCAGGAGUGGUUACCGCUAGUGCAUUUUUAGCCAUUUUUGCUGGUGUUCUAAUCUGGGUAUUCUCCAAAAGGUACAAGCAAGUGAAAAGGACAGAGUCUUUUGCAUCAGAGGUUAUCAAAAUGCCGAAGGAAUUUAGCUACAAAGAGCUCAGAUCAGCCACCAGAUGCUUUAAUGCGAAUAGAAUUAUAGGACACGGCGCAUUUGGAACUGUUUAUAAGGGUAUAUUGCCGGAAACCGGCGACAUUAUAGCAGUGAAGAGAUGUAGCCAUAAUAGCCAAGGAAAGAAUGAAUUUUUAUCAGAAUUGUCUAUCAUUGGUACUCUUAGGCAUAGAAAUCUUGUCAGGCUUCAAGGUUGGUGCCAUGAAAAAGGUGAAAUUUUGUUGGUUUAUGAUUUAAUGCCCAACGGAAGCCUUGACAAAGCAUUAUUUGAAGCGAGGACACCUCUUCCAUGGCCACACAGGAGAAAAAUUUUACUUGGUGUUGCUUCUGCUCUGGCUUAUUUGCAUCAAGAAUGUGAGAACCAGGUGAUUCAUAGAGAUGUUAAGACUAGUAAUAUUAUGCUAGAUGAAGGGUUUAAUGCAAGAUUAGGAGAUUUUGGCUUGGCUAGACAAAUUGAGCAUGAUAAAUCACCAGACGCAACAGUAGCUGCAGGUACAAUGGGAUACUUAGCUCCAGAAUAUCUAUUAACAGGAAGAGCUACUGAGAAAACUGAUGUGUUUAGCUAUGGAGCUGUGGUUCUUGAGGUGGCCAGUGGAAGAAGACCAAUUGAGAAAGAAACAAGUGGGGUUGGAAAAGUUGGGGUUAACAGCAAUUUGGUGGAAUGGGUUUGGAGUUUACACAGAGAAGGAAGAUUGCUAGUGGCAGCUGAUGCAAGACUUGAAGGUGAAUUUGAUGAGAAUGAAAUGAGAAGGGUCUUGCUUGUAGGUCUAGCUUGCUCUCACCCAGACCCAUUGGCUAGACCCACAAUGAGAACCGUAAUCCAAAUGCUCAUAGGUGAGGCUGAGGUCCCAAUCGUCCCAAGAGCAAAACCUACUAUGAGUUUCAGCACUUCACAUCUCCUGUUGAGCUUGCAGGAUAGUGUAUCAGACUGCAAUGGCAUGAUCACCAUCUCAAGUUCCUCAUCAUCAGAAAAUGGUUUUAUUGGUGAUGAGAUUGUUUGAUCCAAAAAUGGAUUUUGUUUAACUCGUAAUUAUAUUAUUAUUCGUUUUUGUAUUUAUAACAAAAUAACAUUGAAUGUAAUCACAAGCGGCUUAGGGUUUCUUCUUC